AUGCGGUCUACCAAGUCCUUUGCACGUGAGGCUGAAUGGUUUGUUAACCACGACAAAAUUAUGAGAUACCCCAUCCGGAUCCCAAAGAACCCCUGGAAGGCACAAGAAUCCCUCCGUUCCCAGAAUGGCAUCAGGGUGCUUAACAUCAGUUUAUCGAGGUCUCCCGAGGGUCUCCGAGAGGAAAACUUGUCUAAAGUCUCUGAUAUGAUGGAGAUCCAUAAUAAUAUUUGGGCUUACAUCCUCCGGUUUGGGGUUGUGGUUUCUCUCGGCGAAUCUAAUUUAUCAGACAGUAAUGAGGAAAGCUCUGGGACAAAGUCUCUCAUAUUAGCAUCACUAUCAGCGUUUGCGAAGCAGCUCCUGGUUAUCAAUGCCACCGAGGAAGCGCUCCAAUGUUGCUGUGACGAGAUUAGCUCUAUUCCCACGGCAUUGGGAGCCACGAUCGAGAGAUUCAUCUUGACGACGCUGUGUUUAUGCCCUGGCACAAUCCGUGGGAGGAAGUCGGAGGUAGGCGAGAAGGAGUUUCCGGUUAUUCCAGGUCUGAAAAUAUUCCCUGGAUUGAAGUUGGAAUGGGAAGAAGGCAGGGAGUCCCGAUGCUGGGCGAAAGAGAUAGAGGAUGACGGAGAUAAUGGAAGUCAUUCUGCCUUCGAUGAGAAGCCAUUUCCUGCCUUGGGUAUCAGCUACCAGAAGCGCGCUUCCGAAGAAGACAGCAAUCCGAAAUCCAAGUCCCCCUUGCAUGUAGAGGAGAUUGAGACCGAGCACCAUUCCGGCGACGAAUUCGGCUUCAAGUACCCCGAGUCAAAUUCUUCGUGGCGGACUGGAGUGCACACGCCCUCCAACUGGUCGUCACUGCGAAUCAAUCGUCAGUUGCAGUUCUCUACAUCUGUUUCAUCGAAUAAUUACGCUUCGCUAGCGUACCUUUCCUCCUACAAUUCUUCGUCAUCAUACCCAACGGCAAAUGGCAAAUUCAGAAACAUUAGGCAUUCCAUCUGCUUUUGCAUUGCCCAAAUUACUAUGUCCGCCGAUUUGAAUAAUUACAUCAGCAUGAGGAACGGCGAGAGGGAUAAGUCGAAUUUGCGGACUAUCAAAAUGGAGAGAAAUGACGGUCGGAGGGAUACCAUCAGAUCUCUCCGCGGCAUAGUCGAUGUACUCCGUCGCAAAGCCGACUUCUUAACCUUUCUCGGACUCGAACGUCAUAGCUAUAAAGCAGACCAGAAAGCCUUUUCACAAUUGGCUGUCAGGCGGAGACUCGACGUCCCAGAUGCAGUUCCUGAAACUUGCGACGAACAACACAUCCUCCCAUUUAAAAUUCUUCUUUUCCUAAGGAAGCUGACCCAUCGAUCUGGAGCCUAUUCCAUGACUCGCGAGCUAGGUUGGAAAUGCGAACCGGACUAUCGUGAGAUGGUAAAGUUAAAACUGCAGCAAAGUGGGGGAAGUGGCACCACCCACGAUCGGCUAGGGUUAGCUCCGGUUGAGAUGGGCAUUUGUCCCGGCACCAUGGGUUCUUUGAGCGGAGCACCAAGAGAAUGGUUAGUGGAAUGGGGAAGGAUCUCGGAACUUGCACGGCAAACUUACCAUAAAUUUUAUCUAGCGUCUUCGGCGCAGUUGUUGGAAGACAACACCGAAAACGCCAGUCGCAUGCAAUGGUCUAUGUAG